UUUUUUUUUAGUCUCUUGCUUUUGUUUGCCCCUCCACACGUGCACGCCAAUCGAUCUCGCUCGUAGACGUGUGAUACUUUACUACUACUGCCUCCUUCUGGCCACUUGAUUGUCGAUACUGCAGAGUUCCUGGUAUCCUGCGCAAUCUUGCUCUUCUCUGCUUUUGAUUUGAUACAUGCACUUAUAACAAAGGCGUGGGAAACAUAAUCCCCGCAGCUCGCAUUCCAGUUCGAAAAAAAAAAUCAUAAGGAGAGAAAUCGACGAAAAGACUCAUACCUACCUGCAAUUACAGUCAAUUCACAGCUUUCCAACAUGUUAAAAACCGAGCCGCCCAAAAAAUUCGCCAUUGCGCUGUUCCAUGGCUUUCAAGCACUCGAUGUAUUCGGCCCCAUCGAUGCGCUCAACUUACUCUCGUUUUCCAAGCCAUUGGAACUGUGUAUACUUGCUGAAACGUUGGAUCCCGUAUCAACCGUCCCCGAGCGACUUCCAGCCGACAGCCCAAUCCCAAAUCUACCGGCCGUUGGUGUAAUCGGGGAGAGCGUCGUGCCAUCACAUACGUACAAGAACGCCCCAGAAGACAUCGAGGUCCUUCUUGUGCCAGGAGGCCGCGGGACUCGAAAUCUGCCACGCACACAGCACGUUGCCGACUUCAUCAAAGAGCGAUUCCCGAAACUACGUUACCUGCUCACCAUUUGCACGGGAGCCAGCAUUGCAGCGAGAUCCGGGGUCCUCGACGGCAAAAAUGCUACAACGAACAAGAUGGCUUUUGAUUGGGUGAUAACUCAAGGCCCAAAUGUCAAGUGGGCUCGCCGUGCACGCUGGGUAUGCGAGGGCAACGUCUGGACUUCGUCGGGAUUAACGGCAGGCAUCGACAUGAUGUAUGCCUUUAUUGCGGAUCAAUAUGGAGAAGAAAAGGCAGAUUGGAUAGCCGCAGCGUCGGAGUUUACUAGGAAUAAGGACCCCACGGACGACCCUUUCAACAAGGAAUGAGUACGGGUGUUGGAAAAAACUGAUAUGGCUGAAGAAAUGCUCGCGUUUGUUCUUUUUUUUGGCUCUAAUAUUAAUGAUCAAUUACG